GGGACGGGGCUCAUUUCGGAGGGCACACGGGCUGGGAGAGGCUGGCAGGGCUGCGGCUCCAUCAGCCACAGCCGCUCCCGCAGCAGCAGCCUCCUCCCUCCCUCCGUCCCUCCUCCGCCUCCACCUCCGCCGGCACAGCGCCGGCUCUACCCUUUCCACCCCCGGGACUCGGAGAGGCGGAGGGAAGGGAUGGCGGGGGUCUCGGGAGGCGCUCCCCGGCUGCCCGGGGCGCUGUGCCUCGCCGCCUGCCUGCACCUGGCGCUCGGGAGGGACGCCGGAGCACAGUGGACCCUGGAGAAGUAUUCUCACCAACCAAGAAUUUUAGGUUCUGAUGCUAUUCAAAAAGUUGUGGCAAACACAGAUAUUUCUGAAAUGUGGCAGAACGAUUUGCGCCCUAUCCUGAUAGAAAGAUACCCAGGAUCACCGGGAAAUUAUUUCGUACGACAGCAUAUCAAGCACCGUCUUCAAAGAUUAAAGGCUGGUUGGGAAAUUGAAGAAGAUACAUUUCAGAGAUACACACCAUAUGGAUAUCAAACAUUUUCAAAUAUUAUCAGCACUCUUGACCCCUCUGCAAAACGCCAUCUAGUACUUGCUUGCCACUACGACUCAAAAUUCUUUGGACAACAAUGGCAGGAGAGAGUGUUUGUAGGAGCAACUGAUUCAGCUGUGCCCUGUGCUAUGAUAUUGGAGUUGGCACGUGCCCUGGAUAACAAGCUUCAGUUAACCAAGACCAGCUCAACUUCAAGACCAGACCUUUCACUUCAGCUCAUUUUUUUUGAUGGUGAAGAAGCCUUUGUCCGGUGGUCCCCUUCCGAUUCCCUCUAUGGAUCUAAACACUUAGCUCAAAAAAUGGUAUCUACUCCACAUCCACCUGGUUCAACCACAAACCAGCUGCAGGGCAUAGACCUGCUUGUACUACUGGAUUUAAUUGGUGCACCAAACCCAGUCUUUCCCAAUUAUUUUCCAAACACUACUCGAUGGUUUCAGAGGCUUCAAGCAAUUGAGCAAAAGCUACACAACAUGAAUCUGUUGAAGAAUCACCUUGUUGAAGGACAGUAUUUCCACAGUACUUUACAUCGAGGCUUGGUUGAAGAUGAUCACAUUCCAUUUUUAUUAAGAGGAGUUCCAGUCCUACAUCUGAUUCCAUCCCCUUUUCCUGCAGUAUGGCAUACCAUGGAGGACACAGAAGAAAACCUUGACAAAACCACUAUCGACAAUCUCAACAAAAUCCUACAAGUGUUUGUACUGGAAUAUCUCAACCUGUGAUAGACAAAACAUCAACAAAUUGUACUCCAUUUUAAAUACUGUUUGCCCACCUUCACAUUUGCUAUUUAAUUGAACUGGAGAGCAGUAAAGCAAAGCAAAAUAAGACAGCUCUUGCUAGACUGAUUAUUGAUUCAGCUGUUCCUGGCCCAAUGUUCCAUGUAGCCAAAUAAGAGAGCAUUAAAUAAGAACUAGUUCAGCCUGGAAAGAAUUUGAUCUUUCCAUGUCUUACCUCUGAAUAAAAAAUAACCCAGAAUUUUUCCAGAUUGUUAUCACUGGUUUUUGUCACAUAUUAUGAUCCCAGGAAGGGAUGCCUGCCAACUUAAGUGUUGGAUACAGUUUUUACAAGGCAUGACCAACUUUUGCGAGGUUCAGCAAUGGAAAUGUAUGCCACGUUAUCAAAAGAUGCACUAAAAGAUCACACUAAAACAGACUUCUAUUUUGGGUUGAACUAAAUCACCUCAUCCUGAAAUGGGAUGUGAUUUUUAAGUCUCUCUGCUCCCUCUCCUCCUUCCCCUACAAAGAGGGCUACGAGGGCUCUGCAGACAGCAGGCCACCAGGAAACAGAGCAAUACCCAAAUUGUUUGUUGGAUACUUUUUGAGGGAGAAUGGUGGUGAGGAGUGAUGGUAACACUCCAUUGUGCUUUGACUGCAACACAGGAGAUAUAAAGAGAUCAGGUGGUGUGUGGGAACAAUGCCCCAGCACACACCAUUCAAUCACAUGAGAAUCAUUCAUAGUUUGACCCAAAAAAACCCCAAAACCCCACCCACCUGCCAUUUUUAAUACAAACCACAACAGAAAUAAUCAUACUAGGCAAAUGAUCACUUUAGAAACAAUCAUUUUAAAGGCAAAGUGCUAUCAAAAAUAAAAUUACUUAGAAGCAAAACAGUAGUUUAGGCACCAAAAAGAUACUCACCAAUUUAGCAACCCUGUGUUUUUACAUUCCUUAGUGGAAUUAUUCAAGAAAUUUAGUGUAACACUAGCAAAAAGAAAGCCUGUAAUGAAAUCAAUGGAAGCCAAAAGAACAGUAUUCAGAAGCUACUCACAGAAUUAUGGUUUCCACUGGUGAGAAAAAGGUAAGAGCAUUUGAAGAAAAAAAUAAAAAUAUCAAGCUGGUGGAAGAUGAACUGAGUGAAAACAAGUCAGUAUUUUACUCCUCUGAACUUCUUCCCUUAGGAAGUUCUAUCCUGAGCAAAGAGACUUAAAAAGGAGAUAAGCCAUGGGGACUUAGGUCAGGAUGUCAGAUUUGGCCUGUAUUUUACCAUUUUCCUAAAGCAAACAUUUCUGAGCCUAAGACAAUAUUUACAUCCAUAUUUUAAAGCUGUAACAGAAAUAUACAUUUACAGCAACGAAAAUUUGUAAAAUUUUAGUAUUAGGGAUAGCCUGAAAAUUAAAUUCCAUCUGAUUUUGGUUGCUCAAGACGAAAUAAACGCAUUUUAUAUUUUCCCAUCGCUUUAACAUUUGUGAGAAAUGUUUGUUUUGCAUGCAAGUUCUGAAACAGAAUACAAUGAAAAUUCUGAAAA